UCUCCAAAUUAUUACUAUCACUGGUAAUGUUUGGUUGGGAGGUUUAAUGAUUGAUGAAUAUAUACGUUGAUGGAAUUUCAGUUUCUGAAUAUUUCCAAAGUUGAGCUUUCACUUCCUGUUGUGCUGACCAACCAUGAUCACAGAUCAGGCAGGAAUUAUCUGGUCUUGGGUUUAGAAAUCUAGACUACUGAGGGUUAUAAAUAAAGCUGAUAUGAACUUCACCCCCAGCCAGUAGGUCCAUGCCUCUAGUCAGAAGCAGUUCAGCCGUUGAGAGAUAAACAUCAUUGUCUAUUUCCGUGAUACACGUGUACCGAUUUACACCAAGAGUUUUUGAAAAAUUGACAAAGUGUGAUCAAGAUUGAGUGACAAACAAAGAGAGCAGCCUGAAAGUUUCUGUGAAAAAAACUCUGAGGACAAUUACCUUUGAAACAAAUGAAACGUUGCACCAACAUGGAAGAAAAACAAUCACAAAAAAAAACGACCAUGAGAAAUGGUAAUGGUCAAGCACCCUCCUCAUUACCAUCUUCAGGAGGGGCAAACCUUUAUCCAAAUGGUCAUGGAGAGCCAGAGAUGUCCCCGACAUCCAAGGAGUUCCGGGAGAGCAGCUUCGCAAACCGAAGAAAGUCGUCACAAAUGCUGUCUCCGUUGAGAAUGAGAAAGAUGCCCCAAGGCGUGGACUCGAUUGAUGGAGUGGAGGAUAGAUGCGAGGUGGAGGAGGAAGGGGUGGUGUUGUUUAAUUGCUUUCUGGAGGGAGAACUUGCAAGGAGUGGUAUCCCGGAGACAAAGGUCAUCGAGACAGCAGUGACAAGUGCUACCUUAGAAUCCAAACAGAAAGAGCCAGCAGUGAAUGUUUCUGCCUUCCAAUUCAAUCCACAAGUUGAUUCAACGAAGAUGAGUGCAAACGGAAGCUUUACCCCUUCACUCCAGAUGUACAAGAAUCCCAGAUGGGCCAAGAGCGGGAGAGAUCUGAAGAAACUUGCAGACCAGUUUGCCUCCUCGAGGGAGAGAGAUGGAGUCAGAGCAAAGGCUAGAGAGACGGUAGGGGACAAUGAAAUCUCAGCGGCCAUGUUCUGGGAUCUACUCUCGGAGCUUUUCUUCCAAGGUACCAUCACCAGGGAGAGGAUCGUCGUCCUCUUCUUCUUCUGCAGUGACGUCGCCAUCUUUGCCCUCCAGAGGAACAGCAUCGACUACUUCCACCGCUUCAUGGUGUGGGCCCUUCAGUACAUCCGAAGCCGAGUCUGCACGUGGGUAGCCGACAAUGGAGGAUGGGAGGCAGUACUCUACCUAUCAGCCAACAAGUUCAUCUUCUUCGGGAAGAUCGCUCUCGGAUGUGCCGUAGCAUAUGGUGCCUACAAGAUUGGUAAGGUUACGUAUGCAAGCAUCACAAGGCCAUAGCGGGGUCAACAGUGCAUGACGCAAGCUACUUACAAGUGAUGGAGACAGAAAAUGACAACGAAGGAAUGCCAGGGUUAAAGGUGGACUAUUCUUUAACCAAAGAGUCUCCGUCUCGAAGCAUUUGAUGGCUCGAUAGACCUGACCUAAGACUCUGCAGAGAGUCUCUCAACCAUGAGUUGAGGAUAACAGAGGAUAGUGCAGUGAGGCAGCUACUUACGGUAUCGGUUUCUCCACUUUGCAGGAGUUUGGAUGCCCGCACACCCUCAGGAGAUAUAUGUUGACGAAGACAAAGUAGACUGAAUUCAUGAGUUUGUUAUGUUUGCUUUUGUUUAAUAUAAUGUACGUGUAUGCAUGUACAUGUGUCAACGCUGUAAGGUGCAGUGUUACACACGAGAAUGUAUAGCCAUUUAGAGAAUCGAUGCUACUCGGUGAAUGAUUAUAUUGAUGCAGAAGUGUGUGUAAUGGUGGCUACCUUGAGAAAUCUAUUUUUCGAAUAAAUACCAAAGCUUUCAUGCUAUGAUGAAGUGUGUGACUAAAGAAUAAAUGGUACUAUUCACAUUGAUAGCAAGGAGUAGAAUAUAUUCAUCUUUGGGCUUGUUCACAUUGAUAGCAAGGAGUAGAACAUAUUCAUCUAUACACUCAGUUACUUCUUAGGGCUCGUUCACACGUGACAUGGUCGGCUACAUUUUUGUUCCCCCAUAAUUAUGUUGAUGUAUGGCAAGUAUUGAUUAAAAAAUAUAUCUGCAUGGAGCAAGGUCCCUCGUGUACUCGAUGGGCUUAGAUGUUUUAUAAAAAAAUAUGUUCCAUAGAGAAAGAGAGAGGGAGAGGGAAAGAGAGAGAGAAUUAUGGAACAUGUGUGAACAAGGCUUUUAUUUUUUUGACAGAUUCCCUCCUGCUUUAGUAUCACAAGAGUAAGAUAACAGUUGAUCUCUAUACUGUAGCAGCAUUGCUAGCCUACAUAUUCAUUUGUUCAUCAGUGUGUUUGAAUAAGUUGAUGUGCCAGUAAAAUCAAUUUCUAGAUUUUUAGCUCCACUUACUGACAUGUACAAAUCACACAUUUGACAAGCAUCAACAAUAACAUGCAAUAUAUUAAUGUUAAGAGUGGUGCUACUGUAGUUAUGCUACAAGUUGACAAAGAAAAUGAAAAAUGUGACUCCUGGUAUGUAUGCAGUAAAUACUAUUGACAAAAUGUGAGUUAAUAAGAGAGGGUACAUAUCGAGCCUGUCUGUCUUGUGUGAAGGGUAGUACAGAAAAGGAAGGCUGUAUUUAUGUAUAUUUUGUGUAAAUGAUGAGUGGAGUUUUGCAAAUAAAAUAUUUAUCUUUUCAGGAAAUAACAAAUCAUUAGAAGUAUGUGGCUGUAGACUUGGAUGAUAUCAUCAGUUACAGUCCAGUUACAAGCCCAAAAUACCCAUUUAUUUAUUUAUUUAUCUAUUUAUUUAUUUGUUUUUGUUAAUUUUUCUUUAUCUUGAGGGGGCUGUCUGACCCUUUACUGGCUAUGGAUCGCAGCUCUAGAUUGCUACAUUGUUAAAGCAUAAAUGUGACAUAUACACUAUGCAUGUGCAAAAGUUCACCUAGGCUGUUCACUAUUUGUUCCUUAAGUAGACCAAAGCAUACAAAGGGUUAAAGACAGCCAUUUGUGCUUGUUGAUGUCUUGUGGUAUCAGUGUAGUAGAAUGCUAUGACUGAAGAACUACUCUCCAUGAGCAAAACAGUGUUUUGUUUAUAGAACUAGAGUACAAUUUUUCAGAUUGAAACAUGUUUUCCAUGUCAAGCGUGGUGAAUAUAUAGAAAAUGAACUACAUGUACUAAUGCAAGGCUAUUUUUGAGAAAUUCGGGUAGUUUUCUAUGAUGUGUGAUUGAUGAAUUAAACUUCCAGGUGAUUAUGCUGCAUUAGACUCAGGGUGGAUGUGUAUAUCAUCUUUCAUUUAUGUUUGGAAAGAGGGAUAGAAACUCAGUAAAUAGUCAUGAAUCAGUGGAUAGUAAACCCCUGUAUGUAUGUUGCUCCAUUUCGAUCACAUGUGGUAUGGAAAUGAUUACUAAAAUGAGAAAUCAACGUGAUUCAAACAAAUGAAUUUCAGUAAUCAUAAUUGAAUUCUAUUCACAGGGUUGAAUAUCUCUAUUAAAAUAUUUGUGUGUGUUAUUUGUUAUUUUCUUAUUUAAUUGAUUAAUGAUGAAGACAAGGUUUAUGAUAUAAUGAAAAUGCAGUACUGAUAAUUUAUUUUCUUGUUCUUGCGUGAAUUACGUGCAGUAAUAUUUGUGACUGUCAAUCCAAUAAAUCUAAUGAAAUAAGUUGAUGGCAUGAAUUAUUUUGAACUGAAUGCAUCCAUAACUUUGACUAAGUUUACACAAUAUUUGGGGAACAGGUUUCAAAAUGUAUGUGUAGGUUUCCAUGUGCCAACUCCGAUCAUUUGCAUUUGUGAAAUAAUAUUGUGGUACAAGUGAGUUAGGAUUCUUCAGUCUACAGGGAAAAUACAGAGAAAAUACAGAUAGUUUAAAGAAGUAUUUUCAUAAUUCUGAUGAACCUUUCCAUGUCACCUUUUCCACCAACAUGAAUGUUCCUGCAAAUGUUGUUGAUAAUUGUAAUGUGUGCAUAAAUGUACAUAUUUGUAUAUAUAGCGAGUAAUAUUACACUCGCUACAAAUGAAAUUCUUUGAGAAAGAACUAUGAAAGAAGAAAGUAUAUAUUUGGAGAAAUAUAUAUUGUAUUUUUAUGUUGAUUAAUGUCAACAUAUUUUCGUAAAUGUUUGAUUAUGCAUUCUCAAAGUGACUAGGAUGUAUUAUGUAAUAUGUCCUGAUUUUAUUUGCUUCAUUAAAACUGGAAUAAUGUAAAAUGCACAUCAUAUUUUUGCACAAGCUUAAUUUUCUUUCAAUAUCUACUUAAAGUUGUAUAUUUAGAACAAAAUAUUUUUGUUUGCUUUUAUUUAGUUCCCAACUGUUGCCAUCUUUUGUAAAUUUGCCGCAAUAAUUUAUUUUGUCAAGAUUAAUGUAAUAAAACUUGAAAACUGAAAUCA